ACAUCAGUAAAUGGUAGCUGUCAUCAUCACUGUCAUCAUCAUAAUUUUCUACCACCCGUCUUGUCAGUAUUCACAGCAGCCUUUUCCUGUGUUAGUUCAUGACUCAGAUCUCUGCUAGGUGGUGUCUCCUAACACUACAGUUUGGGUAAUGUCAUUAACAAAUCCCCAGUCCAAACAGACACUAAAGUGAGCUCGGCCUGUCUCAGGGCUGUCAUUACUUCCGCAGCCUCUGACGAACCUCACUUCUGGGCUCCUAAGGAUAAGCCAACGCCCCCACUCCCUUCUUUCUUUUGAUGAGUCCUUGUCUCUGCACAGAGCUUCUGGUGAAGGUAGUGGGAGCUGUUCUUGCAGAGCACAUGGGAUUCCAAGGGCUUGGCACUGGGCCAGGAUCUUGUUUCCAUGGUAACUGACACUGUUUUCUCCGAAAUUCUGCCAGAUCCUGAAGACCUUCAUGGACAAUCUCUUUGCGAUCGUCCUGCUGAAGCAGGCCACAGCUGUGCGCUGCUUGGACAUGAGUGCCUCCCGUAAGAAGCUGGCUGUGGUAGAUGAAAAUGACACUUGCUUGGUGUAUGAUAUCGACACCAAGGAGCUGCUUUUUCAGGAGCCAAACGCCAACAGUGUGGCCUGGAACACCCAGUGUGAGGACAUGCUCUGCUUCUCGGGAGGAGGCUACCUCAACAUCAAAGCCAGCACCUUUCCUGUGCACCGGCAGAAGCUGCAGGGCUUCGUGGUCGGCUACAACGGCUCCAAGAUCUUCUGCCUCCACGUCUUCUCCAUUUCUGCCGUGGAGGUGCCACAGGUAACUGGGGGCACCUGUCCACUCUCAGCUCUGGCAAGGCCGACAAGACCAGGGAAGGCAGGCGCCUUGCUGGUGCAUUGCGGAAAACGUAGCAAGGAGAGAAGUGUGGCAGCUGUGAUGUUGAGGGAGGCAGUCUGGGCCUGGAACCUGCAGCCCUGUCUCCACUCCUUUCGACCUGUGUGACUGGAAGCAAAUAGAUCAACCUCCCUGAGCCUCAGUUUCUUCCUGGUCCCCCUUCUGUAGGGAUGGGAGGGGUAUGCAGUGUUGUCAGCAGAGUGUGUUUUGCGGAGAGCCCAACGUGGGGCUGAGUGGAGAAGCAGCAAAGCCGGGAGUCCAGCAGGGUGUGUGCAUGAGCGCAUGUGUGAUGGUGGUGAUGUGUGUUCGAGAAAGAAGGGGAAAGAGAGGACGAGUGGGUGGGUGGUGAGUCCUGAGGUCUGUGAGCCAAUAAGGGAGCAUGGGACUCUGCACAAGCCUCCUGAACUAGGAGGAGGCCAGAACAGAAAUGAGGUGCUGAAAUGUGGAGCCACAGAACGGGGGAGGGCAGAACCGCAGACAGGAGGCUGAGAUUGACCUCCCGAGUGUGGGCCGGCCUCUCCUCCACCUCCUGCACCCCACGCGGAUGGUGCUCACUGUAGGACUGCCAUAAAACAGAGACGCGCACCAGCAAGAAGCUUCAGCCCUCAGCAUCCCAUCCUCAGGACAGAAUCACUCCUAAACAUGUUGGAAUACAUCUGCUUAGAGCUUUUCAUGUGUAUAUAUAAUAUAUGCAUAAUAUACAAUUAGGAGCAUGUGAUUUCAUAAGAACAUUUUCAAACCAAAGUGAAAUUGCACUGCAAAUACAGUUUCAUGACUUUCAUCUGCAUAAGUAUUGUUACCUAUAGAUGGACCCUCAGAUUUCCUGUAUUCCCUGAGGCUGGCCUGUAAACAGGACUUCUCAUCCCCUUCCUUUAUGGCCAUCUUCUCAUCUCACCUCACAUUCCAUUAUGGCAGCCCCAUCACUGUCUAGAAGUGCUGGCGGUAAACUGGUCAUCUGGCCCGUUCACUCAGCAUGUUCUCCUGAAGCAUGGUUCUAUGUCAGUAAAUGUUCUUAUCCAGUAUGGCAAAAUGCUAAGGUAAUUACAGACUCACAUAAGUUGUAGGAAAUAGUACAGAGAUCCCUUAUAUCCUUUGCCCAGUUUCCCCCAAUGGUAACACUGUGCAAAGCUCUAGGACUAUCUUCCCACCCAUGUCAGCAUGUGUAACCUCCCCCCACAGUCAUGGCACUGAACACGGCCACCACCACAAGGUGUCUGGUAUUGCAUUGCCCUUUUACAGCCAGCUCCCCUCCCUCCUGCCCAGGCCCCCACUCAUUGUAU